UAUCUGAGAAGACAUUCAAUUCUGUCUGUUAAUGCACUUAAUAAAGCAUGUAUUCAUCUGAGGAGGCUAAAAAGGAACGUUAUUCUUGGAAAUUUAAGGAGGAGCGUUCCCACACCAUCCUAUUUCACAUCCUAAACAGUAAAGACAGCUGUUCUCUGGCGGCUGAUGGUUGGAGUUCUCUGAUGCACAACUGUCACUGUAAGCAACAAAGACUGGUUUGUCUGAGGAACCCAGAGAGGACCUGCCAGGCAGCUACAGAAGUGUUGCUGAAAACCAUGUGUUUCAUGAAAAGCCUUCCUUCCUUUCACCACCUACCAGGUUUGGAUCAAUUUUUACUUCUUAGGAGCCACUGGGUGCCGCUCUUCCUACUGGGUCUUGCACAGGAGCGUAUAACUUUCGAGGUGGCAGACUUCCCCACAGCGAGCUUCCUUCGCAAGAUCUUGCUGCAUGACCAAAACACUGACAGUGAGCAGGAAACUAAGGAUUUCCCACUGAACCUGGCAGCUGUGCAUAAUCUCAGAUCAUGCUUAGACAAACUCUGGAGGCUUGAGCUCACUCCUGAAGAAUAUGUAUACCUCAAGGGUAUUAUAUUAUUCAAUCCAGAUGUCCCUGAGCUGAUAAACUGCAAGCUCAUUGAGGGGCUUCAGAUGGAGGCUCAGCAACUUCUACAUCAAGUCAUUCAUAAAGUUCACCCAAAUGACCACAGUCGAUUGACAAGUGUCCUGCUAACAGCUUCCUCACUACACACAGUAACCCAAAACUUUGUGACAGAACUGUUUUUCAGACGUGUGAUUGGUCAGACAGACCUCCUAGAACUACUGACUGAGAUUCUUUUCAGUACAGGACUUUUUUGACCAAGAAGGAGUCCAUCACAUGGUACUGUAUUUUGACUUGAACUCGAAUGCAGUUUGAGUGAUGUCCACUUCCUUCUUCACUAGUAUUUUCCUUUCUUCCAUUAUAUCACCAUCACGUGGAGCUUUCUUUUUCACGAUUUCAUACUGAAGUUGGAAGAAAUAAUUUUUUUUUUUUUUGUAUUAAUUUUGUAUUUUAUCCUUGUCUACUUCUGCAUAAAACUUUCACUACUUAUCACGAUGAGGAGUAGCCAAAUUUCAGCUUCUCUCAGCCAUGUCAUCUUACACGUGGAUAUAAUGAGGUAGUUUAUUACGACAGCAGUACAGGCUUGUAUAAGCUUAUACUAUCUUGAGUUGACGCCUUAUUUGUCCGUUCUGUUUUCUACACAUCUUUGAAUAAAUAGAAGAUUUUUUCAUGA